AUGGGGUAUAGCAGUAGGGACUGCUGCAGUUGGGAUGGAGUCAAGUGUGACAUGUUAACGGGUCAUGUUAUAGGCCUGGACCUUAGUUGCAGUAAGCUUUCUGGAAUUAUUCAUCCCAACAACAGCCUCUUCCAAAUUCAUCAUCUUCGGAGACUAAACCUUGCUGGCAAUAACUUCAGUUCUUCAUCAAUUCCAAGUGGCAUUGGACACUUAAGGAAUUUGAGGCAUCUCAACCUUUCUGAAUCUUACUUUGGUGGUAAAAUCCCAACAGAAAUCUCAUACCUUUCCAAGUUGGUUUCACUUGAUCUUUCUUUAAAUGGGGAUGAAUUCCAACUUGAUCAGAAAACAUUUGAGACACUGCUUCGGAACUUCACAAAUCUGAAGGUAGUUUCUCUCUCUCAUGUCAACAUCUCAUCUCCAAUACCUAUGAAUGUGUCUUCUUCCUUAAGGUACGUGAAUCUAGAAGGUACCAAUUUGCAAGGUGUUCUGACAGAGAGCUUCUUUCUUCUACCAAACUUGGAAAGGCUCAAAUUGGGUUACAAUCAUUUCACUGGCCAAAUUCCUAAUUCCAUUGGCAACCUAACCCAAAUUAGGGAGUUAGAUUUAGGUUAUAAUUAUUUCACUGGCCAGAUUCCUAAUUCCAUUGGCAACCUAACCCAAAUUAGGGAGUUAUAUUUAGGUAGUAAUCAUUUCACUGGCCAUAUUCCUAAUUCCAUUGGCAACCUAACCCAAAUUAGGGAGUUAUAUUUAGGUAGUAAUCAUUUCACUGGCCAAAUUCCUAAUUCCAUUGGCAACCUAACCCAAAUUAGGGAGUUAGAUUUAGGUGAUAAUUAUUUCACUGCCCAGAUUCCUAAUUUCAUUGGCAACCUAACCCAAAUUAGGGAGUUAGAUUUAGGUGCUAAUCAUUUCACUGGCCAGAUUCUUAAUUCCAUUGGCAACCUAACCCAAAUUAGGGAGUUAGAUUUAGGUGCUAAUCAUUUCACUGGCCAGAUUCCUAAUUCCAUUGGCAACCUAACCCAAAUUAGGGAGUUAGAUUUAGGUUUUAAUCAUUUCACUGGCCAGAUUCCUAAUUCCAUUGGAAACCUAACCCAAAUUAGGGAGUUAGAUUUAGGUGCUAAUCAUUUCACUGGCCAGAUUUCUAAUUUCAUUGGCAACCUAACCCAAAUUAGGGAGUUAGAUUAG